AUGACGAUUGAAGACAUUCUGAGUGAAACUGGUGGCUUUGGCAGAUUCCAACUCUUUGUCGUCCUUGGUGUAGGUUUAACCCGCUUUACGAUCGGAUGGAGCAUAUUGCAGAUGACCUAUGUGGGUACGGUUCCUGACUGGCACUGCCUAGGACCUAACUUCACACAGCCACAGAAUGGAUCCCUGCAAGCGUGCUCGGUAAACAGCCUUGGCAUUUCUAGCGGUGUCAAGUGUGAUAGUUACCGCUUUGUGAGUUCUUCUUUGACGAUUAUUAAUGAGUGGACUCUAAUCUGCGACCUCAGCUGGGUAAAGCCUGCAGUAGUCAGCAUCCAAAUGGCCGGACUCUUGCUGGGCGCCCUGUUGGCCGGACAACUGGGAGACUCCAUAGGACGCAAAAAGACCCUGUACGCAUUUGUCCUUGAGCAUGCUGUUCUGAACUUUAUAACUGCAUUCUCUGUUUCCUGGCAGAUGUUUGCUGUGUGUCGAUUCUUUAUUGGAUUUGGAAUUGGUGGUGUCCUGGUUUGCAGUUUCCCGUUUCCUCUGGAAUUUCUUCCUCUGAAAUGGCGACCACUUGUUUCAGUUGUACCAUUUUGGUCUGUGGGUGUUUGCGUAUUCGCACUGGCCAGUUCACUGAUGGAAAACUGGUCUCAUUUACAUAUCACGUGUGCCGUUCUCUCCCUUCCUGGUUUGUUUCUGUACUU